CGUUUCGCGGAUUUCGUACGUACAAUACACGGGAAUCCAAUACAAAUUUUGUGUGUAGAUUUCCUAUGCAGACAACGUAAACAAUCUUCACUACGAAAAGAUACAUGGACUUGGCAGCGAGAUUUCUUUGAAAAAGACUUGUUCUGUUGAUAUUUUUACAACUCUAACGUUUGGUGAAGGACAGGAAAACUCACGAAAAUGCCGGGUGUCGGCAAAACAAACAGCAACACUCCGAUUACGGAGCAAAUAUCAGAAUUGCAGCGUAAAAUCUCCUUGUUAGAUGGUGACAGGAAAGCAUAUUACGAGAGUUCCCAGUGGACCAUAAAGCAGAACCUCGAGGUCAUCCGUAAGUUGCGACAGGAGAACAAGACCCUACACAAGCGGCUAGCAGCAAGCAAGGCGGGAGAUGACCGGGUACUGGAUAUUGCCUUCAAGUCUCGAGAGGUGGAGCGCGCUUCACUCAGAGGCAAAUCUGGACGGGAAGCAAUCCGUAUUAUGGACCAGAAGGCGUGUGAGGCCAAGAAAAAACUCAACGCUGAGAAGGCCCAGACCCUGAAGCGAUUGAAGAAUUUUGCCGAGCUUGAGGUCCAGCAUGAUCAGAUGAUCAAGGAUGCAUCGGAUGCAGAGGCUACCACAGCAGGGACAUCAGAAGAUGCCACAACCCUACGCUCGCUGGAGAAUCGUCUGGACAAGGCCAACCUUAAACUUCACGAGGCAGAGCACAUCAACCGAACCUAUCUGGCCAUCAAAGAACAGAUGAUCAGGGAUAGUUUGACCUUUGGCAAUGACCUCGACGGUGAAGAGAACGAGAUAGAUCAUCUGAAAGAAGAACUGAAAGAACUCCAGGCCAUGAACAAGGAUGCUCAGAUUGCACGAGAUGCUGCUAAGGCUGAACUGAGCAAGCACGAAGAGACGGUUUACAGGGAGAGACGAGAACGAGAAGAAGCGCUAGCUGUACUCAAGAAACAGGCCGAGGAGAAGAAGGCACAUGCUGAACGGGUGGAGAGAAGGCUCCAGAGAGCGUCUAUCCAACAUGAUGAGCUCACGCCAGAACAGAAGCAGUUUGUCACCGGGGAGGAGGAAGAAAAGAAGAUCAGUACCUUUGAGGAAGCAUUCCAGGCAAUGAAGGAAGCUACAGGGGUAUCGGAUCUUGCGGAGGUUGUUAAUAGGUUUGAGAACCAGAACUCCACGUACCAGCAUCUGACGGAGCUGAAGGAAGCGAAUGAGAAGCAGGUGGUGCGUCUCAAGGAAGAGAAAUCUAGACUCAAUACAGACUUUGAGGAGAUGAAGUAUUCCGGAGAAGCCAAAUUAUCAAGUGGGCAGAGAAUGUUGGAGGAGUUCCAGGCCCAUCUUAAGACUGAGCAGGACCGUUGUGACGAGUCCUCUGAAAAGCUUGAUAAGUGCAGCAAGAUCCUAGUCCAGGUCAAGGCUGGUGUAGCCCAUUUAGCUGAUAAGCUUCAGCAUAUCAAAGCAAACAAGGGCCACGUACCCCAGGCCCAGCUGUCCUCGGAGGCUGACGAAUAUGUCCUAGAUCUCCUGGCUACUUGUGAAGAGAAGCUUCUUAAACUCAUGGAGGAACUGGAUGGUUUUGAUGUACAGGGGACGCUCAAACAGAUAGAGGAAGAAGAGUUUCAAGUUGGAAUUGAAGGAUCGUUGCCAGCGCAAAACACUCGUAUCAAGCUACCUACCACACAGAGGGAUACGACUUAUGAUGAUGAGGAAAGUGGUGAUGACGAAGACAUCGUUACCAGGAACGCUCUCAAGAAACAGGCUCAGAUGCUUGUGGAUUCCAAGACCAAGAAGCACAAGGUCCGGGCCCGCAAGAAGAAGGGUGUCAAGUAAGACCAGGUCCAGAUUCCAGAUCCUGGCCCAGCAUGGAUGGAAACCUUGGGGUUAUUCUAUUCCUGUGUAUAAUGUGACAUAAUGCUAUAACAUCUUGAGUAAUCAUUCCUUCUAAGCCUCUUCCAUGAUAGUCCGCAAAGCAGGGAGUUAUUCUUAAGGGCAAUUGCUUGGGUUUGCAUGGACUUGAUCUACAAGCAGUUGGUCUAACUCUCAGGCGGUCUAAUACCACAUGGGCUGAACCCAUUUGGUCUACUUCCCAGGUGGUCUAAUACCACAUGGGCUAACCCAUUUGGUCUACUUCCCAGGUGGUCUUAUACCACAUGGGCUUAACCCAUUCGGACUGUUAUCAGUUUGGUCUAAUUGCUCUUCGGUAUACAACUGUACUUGGUCUUGUAUCCACUUGAUCUAAUUGUCCUUGUCAGUCUAUCUAUUUUCCACUUAAAAAGAUGAAAAGAUGAAAUGGGAAUUCAUAAGCAUUUCAACUAAUAAAGCCAAAGUGGAAAUUAAACAAAAUGUUAGAGAGGCUAAAUGACAAUUAGACCAAAUGGUUUCAAGAUGGACUAGUUUUUGAUGAACUGGUAUUAGACCACUGUGAGAUGAGACCAAAUGGAAUGUAGACCGUGUAGGAGAUAGACCAAGUGGCAAUUUACCUAUCUGGGACUCUACUCGUAUGGUUUGGCUCUGUCUUUCUAGUUUAAAUGAAAAGUUGCAAUCCUCUCAAAUUAUCAUGUCGUGAGCAGUUCAUAAGCUGAAGUAAGACUCAAGAAAAAAGAAGCUCAGAUGUACAGAAAUGUUGAUUAUGUUUAUGGCAUUGACCCUAAGUCACCUUGAUGUUUGUUUUGAUGUGGUGCAGCAGUCUCUACAUGUUUAAGUGUGUAAGUCAUGGGGAAUAUGUAAAAAGCUAGUCACUAUACACCUAUACCAUGAACAACUAACCUGUACAGUAGUACACAUCAUGCUGACCAAAGUGAAAUGGUAUUAGCAAUUUUUGGGGAGUUUUUCAUAAAAAGCAUGUUUUCAGUGAUUUUCACUGACAACCUCGGUCUGAGCCAAUCAAAUGCGUGGAUUUCAGUAGCCUAUGACACAUAUUCUGUGAAUAUCUGUGAAUAUCCAUGUCGUGGUAUUUGGUGCAUUACAUCUGAACAGACAUUGAGGCUUUGAAAUAAGGUGUGGGGCGGGGGUUAGACUUCUAUUGACUUAAAAAAAGAUCUGUUAUUGAUCUUUAGCUGGAGAACUGCUUUGAAAGCAAAGUUCUUUAGGUGUCAGACUCCUUAUACACAUGAAAUCCUUGGCCCGGAACCACAGCACCUUUGAGGAAAAUUGAUUGAGAUUAAGUAAAUAACACAUGCUUUGAUCUUUGAUCUAUUCUGAUUUGAAAAUUUACUUGACUUUUAGGCGAUUAUUCAACUUACAGAAUAUCAACCUACACAUAUUUAAGUGUGUAUUGUAUUUAUGAUUACUAUGAAAUGUGAAGAUAGACAUUAUAUCGUUGGUAAUGUCCAUGUGAUAUCCGUCCAUACACUAUUCCUGUAAAAGAUAAGAUUGUUUUUACAAUAUAUUUUGUUAUCUAUCUUCUGGGUCUAGUCUUACAAAGAGUUGAGACUGAAGUUAGACUGAGAACUGUAUUUUCACAUUCCCCUUUUAUAAGUCAUCAGAAUAACACAAAUAGUUAUUUAAUUUAUUUCAUAAUGUAUUUGGAAAUGUCACUAACUGAAAUGAAUUUGAUUUUCCCUUGAUGCCCACAAUCAAAGUGUUGAUUAUUAAUUUAAUUACAUCACUAUUAUACUGACGAUAACAAUUUGAUGAUGAAAUUUGUGAUUGGAUAAUUUUCUUUAAAUAUUUCUUUUUUUUUAUAUUUCCUUUUCCAAAGUAAAGAUCAUCAUUGUAAAUUAUAUAUUUACUUGUUUAUAGAAUUGGGUGAACUGCUCAUUUUUUUUAUUUCCAAUUAUGAAACUGAAUUUAUUUUCCCCAUUUUAUUUAUCACAAACAACUGUGGUUUUCCAAUUCCCUCAAUUCUUUAUGUUAAUCUUGUGUCUUAAAAUUUGCUUUGUAAACUACUGAAACAUGUAUAUAAAUAUGUAUUAAUAGAAUGUUUUUUUUUUCUCUGCAGAAAUUAGAAAAACGAUUUUGUACAGCUGUUGAUAUUUCAUAUUGUUACCUGUUACCCCUGUGGAUGAAGAUACUAAAGAGAGAAUUAAAAUAUUGCUUUUAAUAUGA